AUGAUCUACCACACCAGGCAGAUGCGAUCCGCCGACGAGGGCCAGACCGUCUUCUUCACCUGCACGCACUGCAGGUGGCUGCCGUUAUCCCGGGGGGCUGGGGGGGGGGGGUCCGGGGUUCCGGGUCCUGACUCUGUUUGUGCUCCUGCAGGUUCCAGGAGAAAGAAGACUCCUGAAGGACCCGCCGGGCUCCAGGAGGAAGGCCAUUCUGCUCCGGGUGGAUAUGUUCAGAGGCUGCUGGUUAAAAUGGAUGUCCACCUCAGUCCAGCCUGUUUAUGGAUGUGUGGGAGCCCUCAGUGGGACGUCCACAGGGUCCUAAAACACACAGUGAUGAGUAAA